AUGCAGCUUUGUCUUAAUUAACGACUCUAUUGAAUUUAAAACGUUUGACUGCUAUCAGCAGUUCUGAGUUUAGCUUCAUGUAGCCUUGGGGUUUACCUUUCCUUUCCACUGUAUUUCAUAAGGGGGCAUGAUGUAACUCAUACCACUGGGCCGGACUCUUAAGCAACCAGAGGUUGAUCACCUCACCAUAUUUAUUUCCAAUGUUGCCAGUUUUUUGGAAAAGGGGGGCAUGUAAGAAUGAAGUCUGCUGAUAGGACAACAAGUCAAUGGGUCUAGUGUAUCUGAGUGUGCCUCCUCCAAAUGUAAUAGAUUCCCAAUGGAGCAAUUGUUGCGAGAAAAGGCCACUGAUCGCCUGCUUUUGACAGCAGCAAAGUAAUGAGCAUGUGUGACAUCAUAAGAAACUUGAGACCAUCAUUUUGAACAACCCUCCCUUUUAGUGCCUUUUCCUCUAUAUGUGCUCGCCCCCUAACCCUCUCCCUUACUCUUAGCAGACACUCUGCUCUUUCUUCUUGGAUAUAAACUCAGGCCAAUUACAAUUGGGCAAAACAACACCUUGGCCAAGAAAACAUCUCUACUCAGGACACACUUCACUAACUCUCUGUCUUUGAAACUCUACGUUCUCUGCAUUUGAAGAUUGGAACUUUAGCCUCCUUGUGAAUCCUUCAAUGUUUUCCUCCAGUCAGUGAAGAACCAUCAGUCACACCCAGCUCUCUUUGUAUCAGCAAAAAACAAUAUGGAACUCCAAAAGCUAUCAAAUGGUCACCACCAUGGCUUCGUCCCUUUGGAAAAUGGUAUCCUGCAGGCGGGAGAGGAAGAGGAGAUGUUACCACAUAAGAGUGAUGGGACCAAGAAGCCCCAGUUUACAGAUUUUGAGGGGAAAACCUCUUUCGGAAUGUCCGUCUUUAACCUCAGUAACGCCAUAAUGGGGAGUGGAAUUCUAGGACUGUCGUACGCCAUGUCAAACACAGGCAUCGUUCUCUUUAUAAUCCUAUUGACAUGUAUCGCCUGUCUGUCCAGCUACUCGGUUCACCUCCUGCUUAAGAGUGCUGGAGUUGUGGGUAUUCGUGCGUAUGAACAGCUGGGCUUCCGGGCUUUUGGACACCCAGGAAAAAUAGCAGCGGGUGUCAUUAUAACCUUUCACAACAUUGGUGCAAUGUCCAGUUACCUCUUCAUUGUGAAGUAUGAGUUACCUCUGGUCAUUCAAGCCUUCCUGGGCUUGUCAUCAAACACUGGAGAUUGGUUCCUGAAUGGGAAUUACCUCAUCAUCAUCGUCAGUGUGUGCGUCAUCCUCCCACUUGCCCUGAUGAGACAACUGGGGUAUUUGGGUUACACCAGUGGCUUCUCCCUCACCUGCAUGGUCUUUUUCCUUUCCUCGGUCAUAUACAAGAAGUUCAACAUCCCCUGCCCCCUGGUGCCAAAUGGCAGCAAUCACACAACAAUUAUCAACACCACCAUGGAAGAGGGACAGUGUGAAGGCAAAAUGUUCACCAUAAACCAGGAGACGGCUUAUACCAUCCCCAUCUUGGCGUUCGCCUUUGUUUGUCACCCUGAGGUGCUUCCCAUUUACACUGAACUCAAAAACGCAACGAAGAGGCGCAUGCAGGGUAUUGCUAAUGUGUCCAUCAUGGGCAUGUUUGUCAUGUACCUCCUCACUGCCAUCUUUGGUUACCUCACCUUCUACGUGAACACGGAAUCUGAGCUCCUGCACACCUACAGCAAAGUGGACCCUCUGGACACCCUGAUCCUGUGUGUGCGUGUGGCCGUGCUGGUGGCAGUCACCCUUACUGUCCCUGUGGUCCUCUUUCCUAUUCGCAGAGCCAUUCUCCAGCUCCUGUUCCCAGAGAAACCAUUCCACUGGGCACGCCACAUCACCAUCGCCCUGUGUCUCCUCUUCGUGGUCAACGUUCUUGUAAUCCUUGUGCCCAAUAUCCGAGACAUCUUUGGCAUCAUUGGGGCCACCACUGCACCUAGUCUGAUCUUCAUCCUCCCAGGAUUAUUCUACCUCCGCAUUGUUCCCACCGAACAAGAACCAAUGAAGUCAAGACCAAAGAUCACGGCUGCCUGUUUUACAGCCAUGGGCUUCAUCUUCAUGUCAAUGAGCCUGACGUUCAUCAUCAUCGACUGGACGACCGGAGAGAAACGAGCUGGAGGUAGCCAUUAGAGCACAUCCGUUGACGUAGGGGUCCAAACGCCACAGCAGCAUGCCCUGUCGCCGUGCCACUUCUUGAUCACGUCUGGAUUGUGAGGAAGAUCAAACACGGUCGAAAGGCUGGACCCACAUCAUCAUGAGUCUUACCAUACCUGCGUCAUGGUAAGACCGUUUACCCACCAAUUCACACAAAAGGACAUGCUACUCUUCCAUGGAGGCUAGUCUUUGAGGAACCCAGUGAUGUCACUUUCUUUGUGGAAGAAGUUCUAGUCAGAGAUGUCACCCAGGCAGUGUCAGAGGUGCUGAUGAGGGUGUUGCCCAUGGAAACCCCUAAACCAUUACUUGCUGCGUGUGUCAAAAGCCAUUAAGCUAGUACCUCAAAUGAAGAACAUCUGGUGUAAAACAAAGGUGACAGAGAUAGAAGAAGAUGGGAGGGGUUAAUUUUCUCUAUACAAAGAGACUGGAUCUCUUGAACUGUCAGGCUUCCCUCGCUACCCAACUGCCAAACAAUUCACCCCACUGUUGUUUCUUGAUCAAAUAUCAACAUUGGUUUAAUCAACCAGCUUUAAGGAGAAGAGAAGAAAAUGUUAUUCUAAAAUGGAUUUACUUUUAUGUCACUUCCGAAACCUACUUCACUAUCCGUAGAUUUGUUUAUUGAACGUAAUUUCAGCUAAAUUUCUUGAGGUAAUUGACUGGUAGUGUACAGUAUUUCUCAGUAGCUGCAGACCAUUUAAAAACUAAAUGAGCCACUAAUGAUAAAUCAAUCACUUUUCAGCAUGGUCUAACUAUUUAAAUUUGACCAUGUUGCUUGAUGCCAAGUAAUGUAUUUACUCACCUUUUCCAGUUAUCAAAUCAAGGUGUAUUGUUCACGUACACAGUUUUGCAGAUGUUAUCACAGGUGCAGUGAAAUGCUUAUGCUUCUAGCUCCAACUAUGCAGCAAUAUCUAGGAGUACAAUAACCAGAGGUGUGUGCCCUCAGAUUUGUCCUGUUUAAAAAUGGUUUUGUUGUUGUUGUUGUUGCUUUUUUGUAAUACUACCAGCCACUUAGCAAUUUUAUUGGCUUUAGCUAGCCCAUAUAGGUUCCCCAUGUCCUACACUUAUAACUAGCUAGUUAGAUUAGCUAGCUUGUCUAAAUAGCUUAACUGGUAUGCCUGCUGGCAAGGUUGGUAGACUUUUAAAAAAGCAAGCAAUAACUCAUUGUACUGAAUAAGACUCACAUUCCUUUCCAUCUUUUACCCAGAUUUAGCAGAUAUGCAGAGAAGCAUAUUUCGUUUCUUAAAAAAACAGCUCAAGAGGUAUGCUUAGAUAUGCAGAAAAACAUACACAUUUUCCCCCACACAGAAUUAAGCAUAAAUAUUAUGGUUGUAAAUUGCAGGAAAAAUCUGUUUCAACUAUUUAAAAAAGGCUAAACAUAUCAAAACGAACAAUAUGAGAAUGAGUAAUGUCAGUCCGGAAUAUAAAUAAAUAUACAGUGCCAGUCAAAAGUUUGGACACACCUACUCAUUCAAUUUUUUUUAAACUAUUUACUACAUUGUAGAACAAUA